AUGCAGAAUAGAAUGUUCCAAAGCUUGGAAAACAAAUCAGUUGUGCUGUCAGGCGAUGGUCAAAUGGAUUCUCCCGGUCAUUCAGCAAAAAACUGUGUGUACACCUUGAUGGAAGCUGAGAGCGAUUAUGUUAUUCAUCUUGAAGUUGUAGAUGUGAGGCACUGUCAGUUAAAAAGUGCCUGCAUGAAAAGGUUGGAUGUGAACGAGCACUUGACGUAUGUAUGCAAAAGGUGACGGUUGAUGAAUUGAUUACUGAUGCCUCUUCUCAAGUUAUUAAAAUGUUAGGUUAGUAAUGAAUUUUGUGUAAUGCAUAACCUGGUAUUAACUUUUCCAAGCUGCACUGUGCCCUAAUGCGCCCUACUUUAUGGCAUAUGCUUAGUAGUGUGCACCUUGCCCACACUAGCAUUUAUGGGAACUGGUCCUAGCACCAGCAUUGUCAGACAGAGAGUGCUGACUGUCAAGAUGAGCAUGCUGGCACUCAAUGAGACAAGACAAACUUUUUUGUUCAGAUGCAAACAGCAACUCCCAGUAUAUUUAUACUAUGUAUAUUGCUAUUAUUUCCGAGUUAACAUUGACAGCUCUUCUUGUUUCCCAAACAGCAACAAAUCAAAAAUACAUCAAGGUUAAAACAUCAGCUUGAUAUGUGGCACAAGAGUAACAAGCUAACCAAAAAGCUUCUUGAGGUUUGUGAAAUUACUUAGCUCAAGUUUACGAGUGCGCACUGUUUUGUUUCACAAAUGCUAAAGAGUGCUCAAUAUCAAUAGAGCAGAUAUUGUAAUUUUUAAAUCCAAAGGUUGCCACCACAGCCUGUUUCAUCCAAUAGCCAGAAUCAUGUAUGAAACAGCCUGUAGUGCAUGGCAACCUUUUGAAAUAAAAAUUACACUAUUAGGGAGCAUUCAUUUUUUAGCUGGGGGGGGGCGGGGCGGAGGAACUGAUGUCUAAUUCCAUGCUAAAACUUGGAACCCCCAAGAGAAAAGUUGAUAAAAAAUUAUGACCCCCUAUCUUUUUACUGAAAACUUUUUGACCCCUCAUCCUAACUAUUAAUAAUCUACACGGUGUCGUUUCCGUAGCAUUUCAGGGCUGUAGGAAGCUCUUUUUAUUGGGGGGGGGGGGCUGAAAGUGAGGGCCGAAUGCCCGAGGACAUUUUUAAAUCUAGAGUCUCUGAAAUGCCAUUUCCCGGACUUGGGAGAAGAUUUGACAGAAUUCUGAUGGUCAGAAAACAGCGUUUUAGUAUGUCGAAAUUGACAAUUUGGUAGUACUAAAUGGGCGAAGGCGUAUUUAAUUAACUAUAUAUUGGAUAACUAGGAUAAGUUGCAGAAAACUGUGGGUACUAUCUUCAUUUUUUGCAGUUUGUCAUGGAUAAUGUAGCCGCUUAAAACUAAUAAAUCUUAAAAUUGAUAAAGGUCUGCAUGAUUUUGAAAUCAUGCAGACCUUGAAAUCAUGCAUGAUUUUGAAAUCAUGCUACGGUCCUGCGUUUUCUUUCAUUCAUGUUUUCACACAAAAACGGAUAAAAACGAGGUCAAUUGACGAACGUCAUGGAAAUGUUUUCCUAUGGACUGUGUGAACAGAGCGUCAAAUGAAUUUUGCUUCAUUGUUAUAGAUGACGAGAUAGUUGAUAGAUUCUAGACUUUUUUACCAUUCUUGAUCCAAUUAUUUCCAAAUUCUAUAAAAUUAUAUUGGUGAUUUUUCACUGAUUAUUUUUAUGACCCCCUCCAUCUAUAACAAAACUAUAAAAAGACCCACCGCUUUGAAGCAUGUCAAAAUUGGCUGACCCACCCCCAAAUUCCUCCAGCCCCCCUCCCCCCCCCAGCUAAAAAAUGAAUGCUCCCUUAUUAUUAUUUUUUUAUUAUUGUAUCAAUUAGUUGCAAGUGCAAUACAUGUAUAUUUCGUUCAUUUAGGCUGCAAAGAAGAGAAAAUGCAGUUUUGAAGGACUGGGUAGCAGCAGUCAGAAACCAUUUCUGGCAUUGUGCCAAAGAAUGUAAUGGUAGUUUAAAGAAAAUGAAGGUACAAAUAGUAAUCCUACUUUACUCUAUCUAAUGUCAGCCAACACAGUGGCCUAAAUAUCUCAAUAAAUGCACAUGUUCAUUAUGUGUAGUUGCUACAUUAUUUUUAAAACGAAAAACAAACAUGCACUGUUCUUGCUUCUCCCAAUUUAGAGAAUGUGGAUCAACCUACUAAAGCAUGUUUGCAAUGUACAUGAAUGGUAUGGAGGCAAGUGCUCGCAUGGACCACUUAAUGAAAGUGACCACACAUGGUUAGAACCAGACUCUCCACCUCUACAGGCCCUUCGUGAAAUUGUGCUAGAUAAGAAGUUUCUGAAAUCAUUUCCAUUCUACACAAGCUUCAGGUAAGCUAGUUGCAGUUCAUGUUUCACAUAUUUAUACAUAAAGUCAAUAAAUUUGGAGAAACCUUUCAUGAAACACUCUACAGAUUAACAGAAUACCUAUAAAAUUUAAUUAUGAUUGUUCAAACAUAUUGGAAUUGAUAGACAAGCAAUAAAUUUAAAUUUUUUUAUAAAUAGGCAUAUACAUAUGAUAAGUUGUUUGAAAUACUGUACAUGGGUAGACAACAUUUGGCAUUCAAAACAUAUUCAUGCUGUGUAGCUUGUUGUGAUGUUGUUCCCACAUUUUAGGCACACUGGUAAACUUGAAGCCUAUCAUAGCCAUAGACUAAUGUAUGCUCCAAAAAGAUGUGGUUUUUCGUAAGUACAUAUAUCCAUUAUGUUUUCUGAAUACGGUACCUAUUGCAUUAAAAAAAUGAACGUCAAAUUGGCAUAGUUAGGAACUAAAUCCACUUUACAUUACUUAAUAUAAAAUACAGUCUGUCUUUUUUUACAGAUACCAAGGCACUGUUGCCAGGAGUUUACUAGCAGCCAUUGAUCAUAACCACCACCUCAAUAGAGAAAAGGCGAGGAAUGCUAAAGGUGAAAUUGUGUUUUCUCCGCGUUGGAGCAAGAGAGCCAAACGGUGGAAAUUGGUCAUUGUGAAAGAGGCUAAAGACUAUGCAUAUAUGCCUAUAUAUAAUGUGUGCUAA